CGCGCCGGGCGCGAAGCUUCGCGGAAGCUCACUCGCUCGAUCGUCUUCCUUCUGCUGCCUAUAAACGCGAGCAUCGUCUUCUCUACCCCUCACCUUCCUGCCUCCUUCCCCUCCUACUACCUCGAUCCCUCCUCCGAUCCUCUCGUCAAUUCCAUCCCUCAGCUACAAGGUAACACGUACCGUCGCCAUGAAGCUUAGCGUGCCGUUCUUCGGCUCCUCCUCUGGCAAGAAGGUGACCAGGAGGACGAGAUCAAAAGACGGCAAGAGCGGCUCCUUCGGCUCCACCACGUCGUCGUCCGACGAGUGCGCGUCCGCCCUCACGACACCGCGCACCGUCCUGCCGUCGCCGCCGCCGUCCGCGUCCGCGUCGGGGCCCAAGAGAAGAAACCCGGCGGCGCCCCUGACGAGGGAGGACCUGGAGACCGCCCUGAGGCGGGUGGUCUCGAGCGAGGAGGAGCUGGCCGAGAUGCUCGCCGAGGCGGCGGGGUCCGGGGUCCUGCUGGAGGAGAUCGCGGCCGAGGCCCAGGCGGCGGCGGCGGACGAGGGCGAGCUCAGGGACACGUUCGCGGUGUUCGACGCCGACGGGGACGGCAGGAUCUCGGCCGAGGAGCUCCUCGCCGUGCUCGCCUCGCUCGGGGACGACCGGUGCUCCGUCGAGGACUGCAGACGCAUGAUCGGCGGCGUCGACGUCGACGGCGACGGCUUCGUCUGCUUCACUGAGUUCGCGCGCAUGAUGGCGCAAGGGGUGUGAAUUUUGUCGGUGUUGACGUGCGGUUGAUCUUUACUCCUGUUGCGUAUCUAGCUAGUGCAGCUGUUCUUUGAUGUCGCCGAUGCCAAUACUUGCUUGUAUCCUUGGUCGCGCGAGGUGAAUCCAACAAGAUUGCCAGCCUCUACAUAUUUUUUUCCUUUUAGUCCAGUAAUCACGAAUGAAUUUUGUUUGUUUUGAUCCA